AUGAGUCUAAUACCUUACUCAGAUGAUUCAUUGAUACUCAAUGACCCAAACUCCAAAUCCUUGAUGAUUGUUAAUGCUGCACAGGGUACCUUAUCUGUAUUCCAAGAAGUUCCUACCACACAUCCUUUAGUUAAUAAUUCAGAUAGAAGAUCUUUAUCUAGUUUUGAUCAUAGUAAUCAGUUGGAAAGAUAUAAUACCAUAUAUUUUGAAGAUAAUAUUCGUAAUAGUAAUUCUAAUACUACUAACAAUAAUAAUAAUAUUACAGGUAAAAAUAGACAUUAUUCUAUAGCAACAUUUUUAUGUCCACAAUGUGGCACAAAAAUAUCAGAUGGGAAUAAGAUUAAAGUUUCUCGCAACAAUCAUACAAGAAGAUCGCCUCUCCAAUCUUUGAGUGAUACAAAUUAUAAUAGUGCAAAUGACUUAACGGAUAACUUCAUCACAAAUGCCAGUCUAACUGAUACUCAAGGAAUGGGACCUUUGAAUUCUAACCAAUCACCUCAUUUCAAUUUAUCUCCAGGAUAUUUUCAAUUUUUACAAAGUACACAUAGGCAAUAUUCAUUGCCAAGCAUUAAUGAUGAUUCUAAAUCUAGUACCAACAGCAACUAUAUUAAAAGUAGUAAAAAUAAAACAAAAAACUCACAAAAAGAGCAGGAUUUUCAUUCCUUUAUACCGGAAGAUCUUUUUAUACCUGGCUAUUUCCAUAAAUUUUUUACAACCUUAUCUUUAUUAGGUAAUGGUGCUCGUGGUUCAGUGUUUAAAGUGAUUCAUAGAAUUGGUAAUACACCACUUGGUGUCUUUGCCUUAAAAAAAAUCUCUAUUGGUAAUGAUAUGGUUUGGUUUAAUAAAUGUAUCAGAGAAGUGAAAGCAUUGAGUUCUCUGACACAUAAAAGUGCCAAUCUAAUCACAUACAACCAUGUUUGGUUAGAAAUGGAUAAAUCAUAUGGUGUUACAACCAAAAUGAACACUAAUAAAGAACAAUUAAAUCAAGAUUCAAUAAAUGAUGAUAAAAAUGAUGAUUCAAAUGAAAAGAUUCCAUGUCUAUUCAUUUUACAACAAUAUUGCCCUGGAGGAAAUUUAGAAGAUUGUAUUUCAAUUGAUGUUUUCAAAAAAUACCCUGAAAGAACAUCUCCUGAAGAAAGGAAAAAAUGGUUCAAAGAGAUGAGAAGAAUUAAGAGAGCUAAUGCACAACUUCAAUUAGGAUUAUCGACAUUACAAAUCCUACAUAUUAUUCAAGAUAUUUCAAGAGGAUUACAUGAGUUACAUGAUAUUGGUUUGAUUCACAGAGACCUCAAGCCAUCCAAUUGUUUAUUGUUGUCUAAAUAUAAAGACAGGACAGUUGCAGAAGAUAGUAAAAACGACAUAAUUCAGAAUAACGAUUCGAUAACUAAUAAUUUUGACAUCGAAGAGGAUCAUUUAAAUAAAAUGAAUUCAUUAAAUGAAGAGGAAUAUGACACUUUCCCUACUGUGAUAAUCGGUGAUCUAGGUGAGAGUCAGCUUCUCGGAGAAGCAAGAACCGCUACUGGGGCAACAGGCACUAUAGAAUAUACUGCACCAGAAGUUAUUAUUAGUGAUAAAUUAAGUCAGGGAGUAGCAAGUAAUUCCCCGAUAGACAACGAUAUAUCAUUGCCAUACAAUGAAUAUACUUUUGCUUCAGAUAUGUAUUCUUUCGGUAUGAUAAUAUAUUUUAUCAUAUUUGGUAAAUUGCCGUUUAUAUUAGAUUCAUUUGAUAUACCUGACAUGAAACGUACGGUCAAGUCAUUCAAAAUUAAUAAAUUAUCUAUGAUUAAGGAACAUAGUGCUAUGAACUUAAAACCAAUUGAUUCUAGAAUAUUUAAUAUAAUAGAAUCAUUGCUGUCUACUAAUCCAGCCAAGAGACCCACUGCAAGACAACUAGAGGAAUAUGUUGGUCGUUUAAUACUUACUCUGAGUGAAACAAAUUCGGAUAAUAACGCCAAUAUUAGUAAAACCAAUAAUAAUUAUAAUAAUAAUGUUAAUCCAACUGAACCAUCAAACUUCAAGGAAACAAAGGACCUUCAGGUAUUCCGUGUUGAAAACAAUAUAUAUUCCGAUGCAGAUGAAGUAACAUCUGUUGAAUCAUCUAUGUCAGAUAUAGAAAAUAUUGUUGCUCGCGAUCGGAGAGAUAAUCCUUUUGAUUUGCAAAAUAAUUCACCAAGUGAUAAAACAGAAUAUUUGGCAUUGAUUAAUAGUCAUCAAGCAACCAAUCUAUCACCCCUGUUUGCUUUUACUUACAAUGAAUAUUGCCAAAAGGUAUUCUAUUCAUCAUAUUUAUAUACAACAAUCUCAAUCUUGAUUUCUGCUUUAAUUUAUUUCGAAAUAAAAAAAAAGGUCUACUUAUCACUAUUAAAUUUACUAUCAAUGUUCUUAUUAGGUCUUUCUGUCAAUAGUGGUUACGAGGAGGCAAAAAUGAUAACAAUUAUCUUAAUGCUUUUAUACGUUAUAUUAAAAGUUUUCUAA